CCCCUCACCCACACUUCAUUCACUUGUUUUGCCCAGCAGCAUCGCUGCACUGGCUCUCUGCACGAUGCACAGGGCACGGUAUGGUCUCUCUUCGACUGCGAGGGUCUCUCUUGCGACGCAUACAUGGGCAUCGUCGAGCAGGACGCUGGCUCAAGCUACAGUGGCCAGCUCAUCCAGCACAGAGCUUCCCAUCCCCUGCUCCGCAGCUCCUCUACGAAGCAUUUGCAGCAGCUCAUCCCACGCAGCAGAGUCGUCGUCAUCCGAAUACGCUAUCGGAGCACGCGGAAUUGAAGGGGAUGAUUUUGCUUCCAUGUGGUCUCGGGGCCGUCGGGACUCGCAGCAAGCAUCGUCCAAGCGCGCAAGCACCAAGUCGAUGGGGCGCUCUGUCACGCUGCGAGAAGCCGAGCGAGCAAUCUUGGCAGAUAUUCGAUCCAUGAACAAACAGCUCUCCGAUGUGCAACAGCGUGAGCACACCAAGCAGGCAGCAGAAAGGGCAAAAGGAGAGGUAGCUGCUGUGCUGGAUAUGGAGCUGGAUGAUGGGACGCUGGACAGGUUGUACAAGGCUCUCAGCAUGCCUGAUCCGCCUGAUGAGCAGGUGAAGCGGCUCAGUGCAAGACAGGAAGCUCGUUUGCGACUCAUGGCUGCCGUGAACGAGGCGAAAAGGCUGCUACCGUCGAACAGCGAGGUGCAGGAUGGUGCUGCGAACGCAGGCGAGGUGGCGUUGGUUGGCAUCAAGGUAAAAGAGAGUCAAGCGUCUGCACCUGCAAUUGGAACGGCAACAUCCAACUCAGCUAAACGCUUGCUGGAGAUCGAGUCGUUGCCACGCCGCGUACGCGAUGAGCACAAGCUGCGGUCACGAUUAGGCCCGCUCACCAAACGUAUCGAGAUGAUGCACGCAAGGCUGCGCGGAGCAGAUGACGGAGCACGUGCAGAGGAUCUCCAAGAAGCAGUCUCGGUGUCUCGCGCUCAAGAAGCAGUCGAUGAGAUGGUCGCGAUUGCGCAGAGCGAUGUGGCAAGAGAUGGACAGACGGAUCUCAUGAGGGAUGGAGAAGCGAGACGAGCGCUGUUUGCACAGGUGGAAGAAGUGGUGCAGAGGUUCUCCCUGAUGGCGGGAAGCUCGACUCGGCCUGCAGCACUUCCGGUCGGUCUGAUCACGCGACGAGAAUGGGAGGCUCUCGUUGUCCUUGCUAGUCGCGCGUCUGAUGUGGAAUCCCAAUCGCGGCUGCUCGACGCCAUGAAGCUUUCGGGCAGCGAGCCGGACACGCGACUCUGGAAUGGCGUUCUCGAAGUGUACGCGGAGAAAGGCGACGUAGAGACAUGCGAAAGGAUGAUCACCUCCAUGAGCACUCACGACGCGCACACCACCCACUGCCUCAUCAAGGCAAACUUGCGCAGCUCGCUUGCAGCCGCUCUGGACAUUCUCGCCUCGCUCGAAGGCGCGUCUGCCAAAACGUCCGACGCGGUUGCUCUGCUGCCCGGCCCUGCCAGCUUGGCGACGUAUACGCUGGUUCUGAACCACAUUCUCACCGCGGCACCCAAGCACCACAAGCCAUUGUUCUGGAGCUUGUAUCAUCGGAUGAGGUUUGCGGCGCACCCCACGCCCGACGCGCCACUGUACACUCUGGCUAUCCGAGCCUGCGCUGAGGGCAUCGAGUAUCCUGGCGACGAUUAUUCGAACGCGCCACGGAAGCGCGUAGCGGAUGGAGAGAGGGCGCUAGAUCUGUUCAGGGAAAUGUCUGUCCAUCACGGCAUUCGACCCACGGCGCAGACGUACAAUGCGCUCAUGCUGGUGUAUGCACGCCGAAAAGAGCUCUUGCCUGAAGCUUUCAGGCUGCUAAAGGAGAUGGUGGCGCUGGAAAGGGAGCGCCUGAGCAUCGAAGACGUUCAGGCUAGACAGGAGCUCACUUGCUUCGCACCGGAUAAAAGGACCUUCAAUGCUCUACUCAAUGGCUGCGCCCGUAAUGGGGAUCUCGCCCGCGCCAGAUGGGUCUUGGCAGAGAUGUUGCGCAACGCGAGCGCAUUGUGGUCAGAGACGGCGCAGGAACGCGGACCGACUAAUUUGACGGAUAGGGAACAGCUAGAGGUGGAAAACAGAAGACCGGACGACGUCAGCUUGAUGCACGUCUUCAAUGCGUAUGCAGCAUACGUCCCUCCUUUCAAGAGCAACUUGAGGGCUUUGCGACAGAAGCGGGCGGGUGCGACGCAAGAUGGCGAGGGCGAAAGGGGCGGAGAAGUGGUCGACGAAGCUACCACUGCGGUUCAAGCUUGCAACGACAAAGCAAAGGUUUUCGCAGGCGGCGAAGAACACGACGAAGCGGUCGCAGAUGACAUUGUCCGAAGCGCCGGUACCGACGCCGACGAUGUUGCAGAUUUCGACGCUGGCGAGGCAUCCUUUGACGAGCGCGUACCGAUGAGUUCAGCAGAAGUUGUUAGCGAAGUGCGCGGACUUUUUGCCCGACUAUUGCUGGAUGUGGAGAGUGGCAAAGGUCUACUAUCCAACGUCUGCAUCACCACAUUUGCUGUCAACUCUUACCUCGAGGCGCUUACGCGGCACUCGCGUCAGGAUGGGCAAUUCUUUGGCCUUCUCGAGGAGGCUUUUGGUGCGGUAGAAGAAGCGCAGGAGGAUGGGCUGUUUGCUCGACUGGCGUUACAACCCAACCCAAAGACUUUUGAGAUCGCGAUGACCCUGUGUGGCAAGGUGUCGAGCAAGAGUCGCGAAAGGGCUGAUCAGAUCGGUGAUGCUUUGUGGAAGCGCUGGCGGGAGUAUCGGGUGAGCGGAGAGACGCAAGGCAAGGCCAUUGCUCGCGUUUGGGCUGCUCGAAUCGCGAAUCUGUGCAAAUCGGACCGGAUCGAUGAGGCGCUGGAGACGGUGACGGAAUUCAGCUCUUUGUACCCACCGCAAGGAAGAGCCUACGCGACGAUGCCUUGCCUCCCAGCUGUGCUUCAGCCCGUCACGUCGAAGUUCAUGGCGCAGUGCGCACCAAACACCACGAAGGACGCUCCGACGCUCGAUUUUAGGGACCUCAAUCCGCUGCAUCACAAGUUGGUCAACUUGAGACGUUCAAAGGAUCUGAGGUACGUGGAUCGCGUUGCUCAUCACUAUGCCAGGAGCAGCAAGCCUCCAAAGCGAUCUCAACCUAGACGCGAGGAGCAAAAUUGAAUGUCGAAUGGAGUUUGUAGAGACAGCGCAGCCCGCAAAUCAUGCGAGCUCUACUCGCUGAAUUGAUGCACAUUGCGCG